UACUACGAGCGGUCACUAUGGCAUUGCAAUGUGAAUCUAUUUUGGUUGUCAGAAUUUUUGUAUUACUGUCUCUAUUGAGAUAUCUAGGAGUAAACAGUUUAAGCUCGGAGAAAAUCUACGAUCAGGACGUCGCAAUGGCCGGAUCCGGAAGUGCCAAGAAGCUCUUUGCUUGCAAUUUCGAGGUUUUUGGACGAGUUCAAGGUGUGUUCUUCCGCAAGUACACGGAGCAAACAGCUCAAAAACUGGGUCUCAAAGGAUGGUGCAUGAACACCAAAGAGGGCACUGUCAAAGGACAACUAGAGGGCCCCUUGCCCCAGCUAAACGAAAUGAAGCACUGGCUCCAGACCAAGGGCAGCCCUAAAUCUAUAAUAGAAAAGGCGGAAUUUACGCCAUCCCAAGAAAUUGCUGCUGCAAGUUUUUCAAGAUUCGAAAUUCGUCGCUAAUUUACAAGACAUUAUCAUUAUUAUUUUAGUUUAGUGUUCUGAUAGUUCAUAAUGCGCAUAGAACCCCACAAAUCCACAGAGAACACCUAAACCAAAAUUGCACGCAAAUAUUACAAAUAUUGCAAAACAGAUUAAUCGAACCACCCCCCAGGGUUGCAUUUUUUGGUAGUGUGGCCAGUGUUGGCUUACGCCAAAAUAUAGCGAAAACCCCAUCUAUUUGUACUGCUCGCACACCCAACCAGAUACGCCAUUGCCUUUGAAAAGACAUGGGCGAGAGCGAGAACACUAGCUGGGCGACAUGCGUACUUUGGUCGAAAUCGAAAACGAAACGAGUACAGCUUCGAUACACGUCGUUUGCUAAAAGCGUAGCAGGGCAGCAGUAAAGCAAUGAAAAAACUAAAUGAGGAGGAAAAACCGUGAAGCGAGCACCGUACAAUUCCAAUCCGCCAUUGUGUAAGCAAAUAAUAAAACCACUGUGAACAUUGUGCGUAUACUGAGAAUAAAAUAUAUUUAAUUUUCCGACAAAAA